UGCCCGAUUCUCUUGUCUCUUCUUCUUUCCUCUCUCUCUUUCUUUUGUCUGUCUUCUCUGGCCCCAUCCAGGCACACACUCACAUCGCACAGCAGUUUUCGGGUUCCCUACUCCAUACCACGACAUUUUCACACCUUCCUUAGCCCUUGUACCAUCAUUAGUUGUCCUUGCCAACCAUAACGAACGGCCUAACUUCCACACUCAGUGCCAUCCAUAUCUCUUCUUGCCUCCAAUCGCUACGCCUCUUCAACGCUCAACACAUCCACUUAAAGAACCAUCUCCUUCUGUACAUUGCUUCUUGAACUUCAAUCAGAAUACUAUCCUUCAUCAUCCUUUCAUCCUUCAUCAUCCUUCAUCAUUCACGAUUUAAAUGUAUCUUCGACAUAUCUGCUAGCAACGCACAACAGACCAUCAACACACGUCUUUACCAUGGACUACGGCGCAGAUCUUGAUCCACACUGGUUCUCCAAUGUGGACCUGUCCAACUUCGAACGGAGAUCCCGUGCACUCCGCUCACGUUAUAUCCUCUUCCUCCUUUGGUUUGGAUUCUCGAUAUUUUUGCUCUUGACAGAAAUCUUUGCCAGCGUCAACUUAAUUUUAAAUAACGUUUGGGCACAACGCGUUUUCCAGCACGGUCUGAUCUACAACUCCGCCUCAUCUCAAGCACUCGAACAGAUCGGCACUGCGGCGGGAUGGCUGGUGCUUGCCUCAAUAUGCUUAAGCAUCUUCGUCACCGUCUGGGAAUUGAUGCAAGCAUGGUCAAUCGUUGAAUCCGACAGCAUUUCUCAAGCAUUCUUACACACGGCAGCAUUCCGGCUCUGGGGCAUCAGGUCGUACAGGCACUUUUGUUUUCUUUCUCAGAUCAAAUGGGGUCAAGACAUACGCCAGCGGUUCAUCAUGGCAGUUUACUUUGGCACACAAGGAUUCACUUUGGCUCUGGUUACACUGCCAAGGCUCGUUGUUUAUGGAUGCAUCCUUUAUGCAGUAAAAGACAUACCCGACCUGGCAAUGUCGGCACGUGGGUUUGCGUGGCUACAGCUAGAAGGGCCCAGUGGCCAUGAAGACGUCUGGUUAAGAGGGGCACUCGCGGCCAUAAUCUUGUCUCUCGUCGUCCACGGUAUCAACACGACCAGGAUAGUACUCGCAAUGACAACAUGCGCCUGUUCCUUUUGCUACCUCGGACAGAUCAAGAGAGAAAUGGAUAGAGAUCUCAAGUUCAGAAUCACGAGCAUGGUCAUAUCAGCGUUGCAUGGUGCCGAGUGUGAAGACGGCCACUUGUCGCUUCAGCACGCAAUAAAAGCGGAUGACAUCGAUCGCCAGUUCAGUGGACAGGGAAUCAUCUAUCCGGAACACAUAGAGAAAAGUCCAGAGCUAUAUCAAUACGACACUGAGGCCUCCACGACGAACCCGCACCGAAUACAGAAUAGCUUUUACGAUGCCGACUGGGACGAUUUUGUUGCUGCGUCCACUCAAGGACUCCAGGUCAUUACGAAUGAGCGUCAGCAAGCAGUGCCUAGGCCCUUAUCGCCUUGGCACCUACCCACUAUUUCGACUGCCGGCCAGGACCAUGGGCCCAACACUGGAGACAUGGCCACCCGCAACGGAUUUGUUCACAUGGCGUCAAGCAGGAGGCAGGCGAAUUUAUCCUUUUACGACGACCUGCUGGAGAGCAUCAACUCAGAGCUGAUGGUGUACGCAUCCCCGGUACGCGACCAAGAGUUUGAGGCUAUCCGAGAGUUGCAGGUCGAUGGCGAUGUCCACAGGCGGGAAUACAACAACUUUUCAACCAAUGCGCCCUCUAUCGCCUUGUGCUCCUCGACCCCACUCAGCCACUCUAGCUGCAGCGACUAUGAUGACACCUGCGACAGACCUAUCCAUCCAUUCGAUACAGGGCCGCAUUUCCGGACUACGGAUGAAUUGCAGGCGAUCAACCGAUCUGCAGUGUCCUUGGGUUAUUCUGUGGGGGGCAUAUUGGACAUGUAUAUUGAUCCUGUGGACAGCAUCGAGGCCCGGUCACGAAACGGAAACCACCCAUCGCCAGCAUUUCAAAGCCAGGAAACAUUGUCUGCGCAUCAUUGUCAUUCCGGAGGGCUAAGUCGGUCCCAAUCCCAAGUGACUAUUGAAAAAUGGAGAAUUCAUGUCGUCCCAAGUCCUCCAGCGAUCCCUGAUCUCGUUGUCUAUACGCCGAAGCUGGAAGAAGAUGAAGAGCAAGGAGAGUGCAGAUUGGAGGAUUAUGGCGACUACACCGGGGAUUCGUGCGACCCAAUGCCUGAUGACAGCAUCUCUAGGCGAGGUACGAUCCCCAUCAUUUUAUCAAGCCAUAUCCAGCAGGCGGAGGCGGCUGUGGAUUACCAGCAGGAUGAAGAGCUGUAUUACUCUGCCGAUGAUUUCCGUAUCACUCCGCCACCGAAUGUCUUUGGCCAGACAAGGUCCCAAAGGCAAGGGAGUUUGAACAGCACCAUCGGUGGAUACUAUUCUAUAGCCUCAUCUCCUUCCCUGGCGGAUUCGCUCUCCAAUCCAAUGUACAGCGAGCAAUCGUAUGAGAUCUUAAGCGGAUCCUCUUACCAAGGUCCAUCCUCCGCGCGCAAGGGCUCAUUGCCCACCUCCAUUCAGGGCUCAUCCAAGGAAGAAGCCGCAUCAAAAAGAGCACAGCAGGCCAACCUCCCAACAAGCCAACUGUAUACUCUUCAGAACGUUGCCUUUCCAGCGCCUAUGACGCGAGUUAGGGCGAGAUCUCCAAGUCAUUUGAGCAAUUUGGUGAGCCAUGGGUUCGAGGAAGGUGACACUGACGGUUCGAACGUUGCCGAGGACAAGGCAUCACCAUCUUGUUUGAAGAAGGCCCAUUCUCGGAGACAUAGUCAGGGAGCGCAAUCAAGUGGACAUGAUAGUGAUUCUUCCUGGGACUGGCAUAGGGCUUUCAAUGGUCCUCAGUCUGGAUGUGGAGCCUUUGCCAAUCGCCCAUCCACCCCCUCGUCUUCCGUGGAGUAUCAGAGCCCAGAAGAACAUGUUAACGUUGACUUUCGCAUCAGUGCAACUCCUGCAACUGACCUGAAGGGGGUCCUUGCGAUCGACGACCCUAUGCAAGUCAACAAGAGAUUAUGGGGUGAGGAGCCGACCUAUCCAUCAGCGCGAUUAUCUGACGAUGAGAUUGUGGAUCAGCGAGUCCAUCCGUUGGAUCUUUCUCCUCUGCUUCCGCAUUCUCAGUCUAAGGAUCGGCAUGAAUAUCGCGGUCAAACCAUCGAGGGCACUCCUCCUAUCUUUGCUCAUACCACCCAAGACCAAAACGCUACGUUCGAGGAACAGGUAGCAUGGACUGAAACAUGUAUUGGCCUGGGUCUCACCCUCGGUCCCAAUGCCGACAUGGAUCAGACCACAUCGGCACUUACAAAAGAGAGCAGUACCCCUUUAAGGCCCAUCCCUGAUAAGCAGCCCUCCAACCAUGCGACCAGCUAUUUUCGCAGCAACAAUAUCCAGGAUGAUCUGCACGAACAGCCCGAUACGGCCAUCAGUAUGGCUUUUGGAUCGACAACAACCAUGACGAUGACCACGAUGACCACGACAACAACAACAACAACAAUAACAGGACCUACAGAGGCUGUGCAGACGAACCCUUGCCGUCAACUUAUUGGAUGCGACAAUCAUGAUUCUUGUGAGAAAGACACGACUCGAUGCCGUCAGCGGCAACACGCAGCUGUCCCGACUCAGCGACUAUCCCUCCAAGAGUUUAACGGGAUCCAGCGCCAGCCCAGUCAGCGCAAUAAGAAGAAUCUCGUUGUAAAUAUAGCAUCUUUGACGAGCUGCUGAGAUACAUGAAUAGAACGUAAAUAGAACAGCCGCUAUCUACUUUUCUACAUGGUUUUAGUAGUCUAGUUCUACGCGCAUUGUUUGAGUUUCUCUUCAAGGUGAACACAAACGCGUCAAAGCCAGCGGGUGGUGUGUGCUUGCUCGCGAUUGAUAAGGACAGGCAAGCCUUGUGUAGGU